CGGCUGACAUGGGCUUGAAACUUGAUUUCUGUCUAAUAGCUUGAUAAGAAUUAUGUUCUUCAAGGUCCUUUUCAAAUUUCAAACUGAUUCAGGAACAUGGCAAGCACUGAACAAUCUGCCCUCGAUUUUAUAAAGAAGGGACGAGCUCUUCUUGAGAAAAGUUUACAGAAUCUCUCUGUAAUUCUCAACAAACUGCUUGUCCACAAAGUGCUGGAUAAAGACCAAGUUACCUAUAUUAAGUCCUUCAGUGAGACAUCUGAUGGAUCCAAAUAUAUGAUCGACCAGGUGAUAUGUAAAGGAGAGGCUGCCUGCUAUGAACUUUUGACGAUUUUGUACUCCACAAGAUUUAAGACUUUCCCAAAAUCUGGACUACAUAACCCAGAUUUACAUCACUGGAUUAGCUGUUUUUCUUUUGUUGAUGAUUUGCAGACUCAAAGUGAACCUGGGAAAGGUGAUGGUCCCUGUUUAACAUACCAGCAAGAACUGAAAAACAAAGCCAAAGAAAUUCUUCAAGAAAAAUGGCGGCACAAUGUGAAUUUUCUUAAAAAUGAGGCAAGAGAGAAAACAUUUAAAUACACACCACUGGUUUUGGACACAGAUUCCAGGGAGGUUUUCAAGUGUAAGGCUUAUAAAAAAACUCGUUCCAAAAAGUUGAAAACAUAUAUUCCAACAGACCAAAAGAAUUUGUCCCCGGAGCAUCUACUGAGAAACAACGAGAAGAAAAUUCUACUCGUUGGUAAACCGGGAAUUGGAAAAACAACAGUUGCCCAGCAAGUUUUAAGGCUUUGGACUGAACAGGACCAUGGUCAAGGAAGCUAUAUGUUCUAUUUUGAUGAACCAUUGAUGAGAAUCAUGUGUCACUCGUCAGCUCCAAGAACACUUAGAUCCCUUCUUUUCGAGAUGUAUCUCCAGCCUAAAGAGGGAAUUGAGGAAAUCUACAAAGACAUUGUGGAAAAUUCGGAAAAUGUCACCAUUAUUUUCGAUGGCAUAAUGGAUGUGAUUGACAACUCAGUGCUGAAAAAUGUCCUGGAAAAGGAGCUUUUGUGCGAUGCCAAGAUUUUGACAACAUGUAGACCAGAGGCUGAAGAUUUUAGCAUUCUUGCUGACUGGCCAUCUUACAGGGUGGAGGUUCAUGGGUUCAAUGCUGCCUCUAUUCAUGCCUACUUUGAGUGGAUGCUGGGUACAAAAAAUUAUGCAAAAUGUCAUGCCUUGAACAACCCAGAGCUCUUCAGCCUGUGUCAUGUCCCAAUGUAUGCCUUUAUAGUGACUGCAUGCAUGCCCCUUAGUCCAUCAGAUGCUUGUAAACGUCCAUAUACUAUAACAGAAAUGUAUGUGCAGAUCUUUCAUUACUGCUUGAAAAGGACUGGCGAACAAAAUGCACAGAACUUAAACAAGUACAUACAGGACAACAAGGGGAAAAUAAGGUUCCUAGCAAAAACGUCUUAUAAGGCCAUGGAAGCUAAGACAGUCAAAAUUAAAAAUGUAGACGGCGAAGAUGAGGGUUUACAGCAUGCUUUUUUGACUUCACUGUCAUCCAAGGUUUCAUCAGCAUCAUACACAACUUUCUCUGCAUUCCUCCACAACACAAUGCAAGAAUUUUGGGCAGCUCUUUUCUUGCUGAUGGAGCCAGGUAACAUCAGUGAUGCUCUUAGUCAGUGCCGCACUGAGGAUGGGAAAUACCUCAAAUACAUUUUCCCCUUUUUGUGUGGGCUUCUGUCCAAAACAGUCUUUGAAAGCAUCAGCUGCCUUGUUUCUGAAGAGCACAUACAACACAUAACCUCUAUGUAUUUCAAGGACAUAAUUACCACAUUUCUUUACACAGUGGAUCAGGAGGAGGCUGGGACUGAUAAUAUCCUUUUUAUUUGUCAGUGCCUGUAUGAGUAUCAGUCUCCGGAGGCCUGUUUAGACUUCCUGAACAGAGUAAAUAAUGAUCUUGAUUUGCGUUACGAAACUCUUGAUCCACAUCAGUGCUGUGCCGUGUCCUAUGUAAUCAGUCAGGCCAUCAAACAAAAUGUGGAACUGAAUCUUCUAGACUGCAGCCUGUCUGAGCCAGGUGUAAAAAUGAUCUUGGGGUGCCUGAAAAAUCUGCAGCGCCUCAGCAUGUCCCCCAAGAUCCAGCACUGGAUAUGGAACAUUGCCCUCCAUGCUGAACGAAAAACUGACAUUGACAACUUGCUGAGAUUGCUUGGAUACAAUAUGCACCUAGCAGUCCAAGAUCAGGAAGACCAGAAAUUGCUUAUUUCAGAUAUAAGGUGA